AUUAUCCAAACACUGUGAUAAGCAAAUUGCAAAGGUGUAUAAUAUUUUCAAAGUGUUUCACCUGUUUCUUUUGUCAUUUAUGUUAAUUAAUUACUAUCGGAAUUAUUCAUUUAAAGUGUUGUGCUCGUUAUUGUUCCAUUUGACUGAUCAAUUUCACGAAUAUUUCCACAGUAAUGUAACGUAACCGUACGAUAAUCAGCAGUUAUCAUUAUCAAAACACAUCGAAAUAACGUAAUUCGUCAAUUUUUCUCUCAAAAUAACUAAAUCGUGCAUCUAUCAUCGUUACAUCAGUGUAUUUUUCACCUCAAGAUGAUAACACGCUAUCUCCUUUUAUACGGUUACCCACCUCAGGACUGGUAACCUCCAUCUAUGCUGAUAAUCCGUUCCCGAGCUCGAGUUCGAAGUACUCCCGAAUGUCUGGAAAUUCACACAACAUGAAGAAUGCUUGCUGACGAAUGUUUCAAAAUAUUCAUCUUAUUAAUAACCAUCUCGUCGGUAUUCGGACCAGUUACCUGCUACGCUCAAUAUGACGCGAAUUCAGUCGACAAUUUCGAUCCGAUGGCCCAUCACAACCGAUGCGAGCCGAUCACCAUUCCAUUCUGCCAAAAUCUCGAAUACAAUACCACCAUUAUGCCUAACUCGCUCAACCACACGAGUCAAAAAGAAGCGGCCGACGUUAUCCACAAUUAUACACCUGCCAUAAAAUACAAAUGCAGCCCGGAUACGCAUUUCUUCCUCUGCACUUUGUAUUUUCCAAUCUGCACCAUACUAGAUACGCCUAUACCGCCUUGCAAAUCGUUAUGUUUAAGCGUCAAGAACGGCUGCGAGAAGAUCUUACAAUCGUUCAGCUUCGAUUGGCCCGAACACCUGAAUUGCGACAAGUUCCCCGAGCAAGGGGUUUGUGUCAGUAAGAAUCAAACCAUCACCAGCGCUGCUCCCGAUCAUGGUAGAAUUGAUAAUGGAUACUCGAUCCAAGGAACGACGCCCAGAUCGGUUCCCAGAAAGAAUAACGAAACGUUUCCGAUCACCGGGAAUCAUAAAGAUUUCGCGUUCACCUGCCCGGAUCAUUUUAAAGUAGCUAAAGGAUACGAUGAUAGCUUCAAAGUGGGCAAUGUGGUGGCUAAAAAUUGCGGUAUACCUUGCGAUGGCAUGUUCUUCACUCCGGAAGAGAUUAAAUUCUCGAGAAUAUGGAUUGGUAUAUGGUCCUGUGUAUGCGCUGCCUCGUGCCUGUUCACUGUAUCGACGUUUUUGAUAAACACCUCUAGAUUCCGGUACCCGGAAAGACCGGUCAUAUUUUUGUCGGUGUGUUAUCUCAUCGUAUCGAUUAUCUACAUUGUUGGAUUUUUAUUGGGCGAUGAAGUAGCGUGUCGUAGACCAUUUCCGCCUCCGGUCGGUAAACCCAAGUUGGCCACUGUUUCCACCGUAUCUCAAGGAACCAAAGGAGAAAUUUGUACGAUAAUGUUUAUCGGAUUGUAUUACUUUAGUAUGGCGUCGUCGUUGUGGUGGGUGAUACUGGCGUUAACCUGGUUCUUGGCUGCUGGACUGAAAUGGGGACACGAAGCUAUCGAAGCUAACUCGCAGUAUUUUCAUUUGAUGGCUUGGGCUAUUCCGGCUGUCAAGACGAUUACCAUAUUGGGUAUUGGUAAAAUAGAAGGUGAUGUACUAACCGGAGUUUGCUUCGUCGGCUUAUGGAAUACAGAUAUGCUGAAAGGUUUCGUUCUGACGCCGCUAACAAUCUACCUAAUCCUGGGCACACUCUUCUUAGUGUCCGGUUUCGUCUCACUGUUCCGGAUCCGGACAGCCAUGAAGCACGACGGUACCAAGACAGAUAAACUGGAAAAGCUCAUGUUACGUAUAGGAGUAUUCUCCGUCCUAUACAUGGUUCCAGCUAUAACCGUCAUAGUCUGCUUGUUCUACGAGCAAGCGAAUUUCGAUCACUGGAUGGUCUCGUGGCAUUGGCAAAUUUGCCAAAAAUCGCAAAACUACCUGAUCCGGUGUCCGUCGAAUGUAGGAGACGGAAGGAAACCUAGUUUUUAUAUGUUUAUGCUUAAGUAUCUCAGUUCGUUGAUCGUAGGUAUCAGCUCGAGCGUUUGGAUGUGGUCGGGUAAAACUGUCUCGAGCUGGAAGGAAUUGUUUCACAGGAUUCAAGGCAAAACCUUACAUGCAUACGUGUAGUGCUUUUUUUAGUCAAAUUUUUUUAUUUGUAUGUACGUAACAAAUUUGUAUUUAUAUUUUUACAAAGUGUUUUUAUUUUUUGUCCCGGUUUGUUUGUAAGUAUAAUAUUUGUAUGUUAUGUAGAUGUUGAUUGUCUUUACCAUUGUUGUUAAGAAAGGAUGCUCUAAUUUAUGUUCUUUAUUAAAUCGCAAAUUUUGCUAAUACGUUGUGAUUUUUCACGAGCUUGUGUUUUGACAUUGAUUUUAUUUUUAUUUUCAAUAUUUUUGUGUUCAGUUUUAUUUAUUUAUUUUUUUUAUUUUGUUUUGUUUUUAAGUAUCAGAGUUAUGAGUUAUUAUCGUUAUAUUAUUUAUGACGUGUGAGGUGGUUUCUUUUCAAUUUUUUCUGACUGAAUUAUUUGCGAAAUUUGAGUAGUAUUUUGUUUUGAUAUAUUAUUUAUUUGUCGAGUGAUGCGUUUCCACUUUCCAUAUCAAAUUCACUUAUUAUUUUUAUUUUUUAUUUUUAUAUUUACCUAUUUUUUGAAGGAAAUUUUUACUUACUGUUUCAAUUUUUUUUUCAACGAAUUGCAUUCGGAUCGCAUUUUGAAAAUUUAUACCUGCUGCGUAUUAUUUGAUUAAAUCUUAAGAUUCACUUCGAUUUUAUUUUGGUUACGAAUUGGUAUUUAUUGUUUCUUUCUUAUCGGUUUGAAUAUUGUACCCGAGUGCGGUUACUACAGCGAACGAUUUUCAAUUUGAAAUCGUUAGAAAACUAUUUGAAAAUUAUUUGAAAAUUUUUAUUCCCUGAUUAAUUACUUUUUAAAAUCAAAAACCAUUGCAGAAUGAAAAUUGUCUAUCUUAUGUGGUUUCCCAUCAUUGUUUGACGAGAAUCUCUAAUUCACAAGUGUGCUUUUUAAAUUCUUACUUAUUGCUAUUUAUUUUUUUUACAUAUUGUUUAUUUUUUUCUGAUGAAAUUUAUCGUGUAGUUUGUUAAUACAAAAUAAAUGUUUUACGCAUUUAUUACAACUUACAA